CUUCUGUCAACGAAGUAUAUUUUGCUGAACUAAAUUUAAUAUAUAAGGAUGUUAAGAGUGAUAACGCUAGCAAUUUUUGUGCUAGCUGCAGAAGGAGGUAAUGUGAAAGAAACGCGAUGUAUCAAAGAGGUGAUAGGAAAAAGGUUAGCUCACCAAACCGAUUGUUCUAAAUUUGUGCAAUGUGUUAAUACAUCAUUCGGACGUCUUCAGAAUUGUCCUAGUGGAUUAGCAUUUAAUGCUCAAGAUGAAGUAUGUGACUAUCCUUCUCGCGCUGGUUGCUCGAAAGAAAGGUCUUCCUUUUUAAAAACCACUUGCGAAUGUGACUGCAGUGUGUGUUGUCCAGAAUGUAAUUCAGAUAUCACUCCAACAGCUCCUACUGUAAGUCCAACUUCAACGCCACCACCCAGUCCGAAACCAACAUCAAGUCCAACACCACUGUUGCCAUCAUCAUCUCCAUCUACUUUUACAUCAACGCCUUGCAAUACUCCAAUCCAAUCAUCCUCGCAAACUCGUUCAAAUCAAAUUACUCCGGAACCAACGUCAAAUCCAAACCCGUUACCGACUUCUACUCAAACGCUAACAACAACAUCAACAACUUGCGAUACAUCAAAUCCAACUCAAUCAUCAUCGCAAACUCCAUCGACUCCGGAACCAACGUCAAAUCCUAAUUCAUCACCGACCCCUACUCAAACGAUAACACCAACACCAAUAGCUUGCGAUACAACAACUCCAACUCAAUCACCAUCGCAAACUCCAUCGACUCUGGAACCAACAUCAAAUCCAAACCCAUCACCAACGCCAAUAGCUUGCGAUACAUCAAGUCCAACUCAAUCACCAUCGCAAACUCCAUCGACUCCGGAACCAACGUCUAAUCCAAACCCAUCACCGACCCCUGCUCAAACGAUAACACCAACACCAAUAGCUGGCGAUACAACAACUCCAACUCAAUCAUCAUCGCAAGCUCCAUCGACUCUGGAACCAACGCCAAAUCCAAACCCAUCACCAACGCCAAUAACUUGCGAUACAUCAAGUCCAACUCAAUCACCAUCGCAAACUCCAUCGACUUCGGGACGAACGUCUACUCCAAACCCAUCACCGACCCCUGCUCAAACGAUAACACCAACACCAAUAGCUUGCGAUACAACAACUCCAACUCAAUCACCAUCGCAAACUCCAUCGACUUCGGGACGAACGUCUACUCCAAACCCAUCACCGACCCCUGCUCAAACUAUAACACCAACUUCAAAAGCUUGCGAUACAACAAGUCCAACUCAAUCACCAUCGCAAACUUCAUCGACUUUGGAACCAACGUCAAAUUCUAAUUCAUCACCAUCUCCAACUGAAACGUUAACACCAACACCAAUAGCUUGGGAUACAACAAGUCCAACUCCAUCGAGUCCGGAACCAACUUCAAAUCCUAAUUCAUCACCAUCUCCAACCGAAACAUUAACACCAACACCAAUAGCUUGCGAUACAACAACUCCAACUCCAUCGACUCCGGAACCAACGUCAAAUUCUAAUUCAUCACCAUCUCCAACCGAAACAUUAACACCAACACCAAUAGCUUGGGAUACAACAAGUCCAACUCCAUCGACUCCGGAACCAACUUCAAAUCCUAAUUCAUCCCCAUCUCCAACUGAUACGUUAACACCAACACCAAUAGCUUGGGAUACAACAAGUCCAACUAAAUCGACUCCGGAACCAACUUCAAAUCCUAAUUCAUCACCAUCUCCAACCGAAACAUUAACACCAACACCAAUAGCUUGCGAUACAACAACUCCAACUCCAUCGACUCCGGAACCAACGUCAAAUUCUAAUUCAUCACCAUCUCCAACCGAAACGUUAACACCAACACCAAUAGCUUGGGAUACAACAUGUCCAACUCCAUCGACUCCGGAACCAACUUCAAAUCCUAAUUCAUCACCAUCUCCAACUGAAACGUUAACACCAACACCAAUAGCUUGGGAUACAACAAGUCCAACUAAAUCGACUCCGGAACCAACUUCAAAUCCUAAUUCAUCACCAUCUCCAACUGAAACGUUAACACCAACACCAAUAGCUUGGGAUACAACAAGUCCAACUAAAUCGACUUCGGAACCAACUUCAAAUCCUAAUUCAUCUCCAUCUCCAACUGAAACGUUAACACCAACACCAAUAGAUUGGGAUACAACAAGUCCAACUCCAUCGACUCCGGAACCAACUUCAAAUCCUAAUUCAUCACCAUCUGCAACUGAAACGUUAACACCUACACCAAUAGAUUGGGAUACAACAACACAAACUCAGACAACGAUAGCCACAACUGACGGUACCUUCACAAUACCUGGACCCACACAAGACACUCCUGAUUGUGAUCCAUUGUGUUGUAAUGUAAAAGAUGGUUCCACUAGUAUUUUGGAGGGAAAUUGUCAAAAAUUCGUGGUUUGUGUUGGUGGCAAGGAAAAUAUUUUUACUUGCUCCAAUAAUUUGCUGUUUAAUUCCGUAACUGGCGAAUGCGAUUAUCCAGGAAAUGUAAAUUGUCCCUGGCCUCAAAAUCCACCAAGUGGUCCGUCGGCGGGACCAUCUGGAACUCAUUGUGCAACUGGUGGUCGGUGCGUUGGCCAGCAGGACGGCACCUCUUUUGCUAUCGAAACUGAUGCUUGCAGCAGUGACUAUAUUGUAUGCCAGUGUGAGUGUGAAGUGCAGCGUAGUUGCCCAUCACUAUUAAUGUUCAACUAUAAUUUGGGGGUCUGUGAUUGGCCAACGAGUUUUGGAUGCUAACAUAUUUUAAAUACUUUUGCUAGCAUACCGAAGGAUGUUAACUGAAUAUUAUUGUCUUACGUUAUAUUACGUCUGAAUGGCAAUGCCAUUUGACACUGUAUAUAAACAUAGCAAAAUCAAAUUCAAUUUUUCCUCUCAAACUAUUCCAACAUUUUUAGAUUCCGCAUUAUUAGUCAAAAUAAAAAUGUACAUACAUAUAUGACUUUUUACCCAUUAA